UGCUGCUGCACCGACUUCUGCCAUCAGAACUACAGACGACUACAGACACCAGUGACAGACGGGGCGUUGUUACUCUUAAAGUGACUUGGAAGAUGAGGGCUGCCAUCUCACUGCUGGUGCUGCUGCUCUCCACGUGUGGAGUCCAGAGCUAUGUCACUGACACCUCUACCCAGGACGUCUCUACUGAGCUGAAGGAACUCAGAGACAUGGUGGUGGACCUGAGAGCAACACUACGACAUACUCGAGAUGACGUGAAGGUUUUGGAGGCUGAGAAUGUAGCAGUGAAAGAAAGGCUUGUGGCCAGUGAGACUAAGGUUCAGAUUUUGGACAAGGCGCUACAGGACAACAAAGCAGAAAUGAAGACGGAGGUGGACAAUCUGAAGAUGAAAAAUGCAGCACAAGAGGCAGAGCUGAUAGCAGUGAAGACCCGGCUGGAAGCUAGUGAAGCUGAAGUGAUGAAUCUGAAGAAGGAAAAUGCAGCACAAGAGGCAGAGUUGACAGCAGUGAAGACCAGACUGGCAGCCACUGAGACUGGAGUGGAGAAUGUGAAGAAAGAGAUCGGAGCAGCACCCAAGGUGGCCUUCUCAGCAGCUCUGAGGGACUUUCAAGAAGGAUUCACAGACUCUGUGAGUAAUGACAUGAACUUAGCAUUCAAGAGAGUCAUCACCAAUGUAGGAGAGGCCUACAACAGCACAACUGGCUUCUUCACAGCUCCAGUCAGGGGGGUCUACUACUUCAGGUUCACUGUUAUGGAUAGACUAUCCGCCCAUUGGAUGGGUAUCAAGAUGUUUAAGAAAGGAGUGAGGCUUAUGCAGCUGGUUGAGUAUGACACUGAUGGAAAGGCCUCCUAUCUGUCCAGUGGCCUGACUCUGCAGCUGGAGAAGGGAGAUGUAGUAAACAUGGUGCUGCCAAAAGGCUACAGGCUCUUUGAUAGUUGGAAUAACCACUGCACCUUCAGUGGCUUCCUGCUCUUCCCUCUCUGAACGCCAGAAGAUCACCAUGUCAAGUUACCACUCAAAUGAUACAUGUAAAUCCUUAUCCUUAUCCUGAUCAAAUAAAGAUCUCUCA